AUGCGGCCCGCGACGCAAAAACGACUACAUAAACUUAGCUGUUUCUCUCGACUAAAUCAAGACAUACAGCGACACAAGCGCACGUUUUCUCUUUCCCACCGAGUCAUCCAAUAUAUCCUUACCAGAAAUGUCCGACAAACAGGAACGCCUCACAGAGGAGCAGCUGGACAAAAAACUGGAGAUGUUUCUGGACAACAAAGCAACCCAUCACACAGCAGAAUGCACAAGGAAAAAUUACCUGGCAGGAAAAAUAGACAGAAACGAUCUCGCGCAUGCAUCGCAAUGGCGACAACAGCUAUGGAAAUAGCCACGACCAAUCGAACCCAACCGACAGAAAUCCAAAAGGUGAUGGACAUGGAAGAAAAGUGGAAGGACACAUGGAGAAGAAUUAAAGCCGUGGAGGACCCGUUGGAGGGGUGCAAAUCCAAGAUGGAAUCGGCAAUUCUAGCGCAUCAGAUGUCCCCAAUGGUCGCCGCAACCGCUACGAUUCUGCUGGGGUUGGCAGGGACAGAGUCGCAACAGGCCAGCUAUCAAGAGCGAAUUGCCGCAUGGUUUUCCAUGUUUGUCGAUGAGGCGCGCUCGUCGCGAUUGCUUGCGUACAACGUGCAGGUCGCCGAAUCCGUCGCAGGAGGGAUGCGACAAUGGCGUCAAGUGUUGACACGGUUGGACGCACCUCUCGUUCCGGAAACGGAACGACUCGCACACCUUAACCGUAUCACACUGGAGGCGGCACUGAACGAGAAGUAUUGGAUCGAAAAAGGGAUUAAAGGAGGAGGCACGCACACAACACGCCCACGCGAUAUUUUUCGGACACCGCCAAGAGACGGCAGCGAUCCCAUGGAAGGCGGCGCGCCGUACGCACCCAUUAUUGGAGCAGAUGACUCGCAAGUCGCCGCUUUGGAUAUGAGCAGCUUCGGUGCCCUCACGGAAGAGUCCCAGUUAAGGAUACAGGACACGCUUACGCAACUUCUGAGGGAACAAAAAACGGCACCGCGAGUUUCAAAUCAUACCCAGGGAUCCCGCAAUUAUCAAAACAGCGGGAGAGGUGCAGGAUACCGAGGCAAUUACCGAGGAAAUGGCGGAGGUAAUCGGCGUGAUCUAUCGCGGAGGCGAAGCGCAGGAGUUCUUUUCGUCCGAAUAAAAAAACUAAAGCCCGACGGGACCACUGCCGACGUUUCAAAGGAAUCCACACACCACCUAAUAAAUAUAUUCGGUGGUGUAAAAGCACUUGCACAAGAAGUGUGGGGCGGUGAUAUGCGCGAGGGGAAAACAUCGAAUAUCGAACUCGAUGUGAUCUACAAAGCGUACCUCCCUGAGAAACGGAUCGUUCUGUCGGACACGAUGGUGCACCUUGAUUGGAAACGCGCGCAGCAGCUCGCGGCAAAGGUGCACCGUCACGGCGUAGUGUUUUUCCCCAUCUUCAUUAUGAAGCACUGGAUUGCAGGGCUUUUGGAGAAAGGGACGCGGGACUCAGCAGAAAUACAGCUGAGCAUCCUCGACUCCGCACCUUCUCCCAUAGUGGAAGAAAAACUGCGUAAGCACUUCAAAAUGGUCUGGCCAGCUUUGCGUUUGGUGAAUGAAUUUUCACCACGUCAGGAACGCUAUAGCGACGACUGCGGUUUGUACAUGUCUGCCGUAUUUUUCGGCAAUCAUCUGGACAUACAAAUCGACCAUAGCCACGACAUGGCAAAGUGCAUGCGGCGCCUGCUGUACGCGGCGUCGAAACACCACCCGCCACGUGAAUAUUUCCUCGAAAAAAUGAGGAAAAUUCUGACGAACCACCCGGUGUCACGGAAAGAUUUCUUUUACAACGAAAUCGAGCACAAGCCGUGGUUGAAGAAAACCACGGUGAACCGUGAAGACACCUUUCACUUGGGUGGAGGCGAGAGGCGCGCAACGAAGUCCACGAACCCGAAACGGGAUUCCAGGCGCGCAAACCAGCCGAAAGCACGUGCUCCACAGCCACCUCCUCGACAAAAGAAAAAGGAGGAAACGGUGCGCAAAAAGAUGGACCGGGCUGAGCGCACAAAGCGCACGCCACAGACGCCUGCACCCGCGUCAAAAGCACCUUCUCGUAAACGUCCGGAGAGAUCCGCAAUGGAUGCCCCACUCCCACGGCGAAAGGCCGCGAGGAAAAGUGACAGGAGAACACCAGCGAAUUCCUCAGGUAGGAAUGGAAACAACACACGCUCUCUAAACUCGAGCGAAUUUCCAUCCGAGGAUGAGGAUCUGCCGGUGAUCGACCUCCCGUGGAGGAAGAAAAACUCCGUCACACGUACGCCUGAGCAUGCGCCAAACGACGCCACGGUGAGCUCAGAAGGCAUUAUCCCGACGAACGUGUCACCACACGUUCAGCAUGGGAAAUGCAUUUCUGAGUGGACAGAAAUCACCCUCUUGGAGGCGAACAAACAUGCCAGAAAGGUGUACGAAGCAGUCCUGGAUCACCUGUGGGCUGCGACGGCUCUGGCGCGAGUCGGCGAUGGUGUGGCACACGGUCUGACCGACACAGCGGUGGGACAGCAACGCGUGAGGCACAAGCUGACACCACUGCAGCCUUACAGCGUCCAAGAGAUGCUGAAGCUUCUCCGAAAGAAGAUCCACAUGGUCGAUGCCUCACCGAACGACCCGAAUGGGGUGAUUCUUCGAGAAGAAAACCGAAGCGAGGAGGUGACCCUCGACUCCUCAAUCGACGAACUGUACCUUGUCCGUGGACCGUCGUUACCGACAUUAUACGACGUGAUUAAAGGAUACAGGUUUCUGCUUGGCGCAUGUCUCCGUGAGGCGCCGGCAGAUGUGAAUGGCGGGCGCUAUCCGAGCCAUUACGUUCUCACAAAGGACGCCUCGGAGGCAACGGUGGAG